AUUUUCGUGGCUAUCACACGCAUUGUAAGGAAUCUAGGGGCAACAGUCAAACUAUUUUUACUUCUUAAAGUUGUAGCUAUUUGUAGUGACGCUAUACUAGUAUUGACUUGAUCCUUACUAUACGAGGUGCUAAAGCGGAGUAAGGUAUUUUACUUUGAAGAACAGCUCUUUGACCGGAUGCGUGUGUGGUCAUUGUCGAGGCGCUAACGCUGCCUCUGUUCGCCCUCCUGUGUGAUCAUGGCUGCACUGGAGCACACCAGCCAUGUUUUCUAAUUUAAAACCCAAAGGUUAGGGAAGAGUUGUUUAUUGUUUGUCGCGCGCAAUCGCUGCUUCAAUUUUCCCCAAGGCGGAGGCUGUGAAGACACUGGUGUCUUCCAGAUCAGCGUAAUGAAAGAUGGAAGCGAAUAAUCAUUUCAACUAUGGCACCAAUUCCUCAACAAACUCAGGACUGAAACGUUCCUCAGGGGAUUCUCUUUUUACUAAUGGUUCGUCCUCGAGUUUUCCUCAGCAAGGAAAGAAUAUGAAUGGCGAUAUGAAUGUCAAUGGCGUCACUACUGUACUCGGGUCUGGUGCACCUGGUUCUCAACCACCUUCCGGUCCUUACCCGCAUAUCAGCAACCACCACCAGAGCAACAUGGGCUACCUGUGGGGAGCACAUCCUCAGUACAGUCCAACUUUGGCCUCUCCUCCCAGCCACGGCUUGCACCAAAAGCAGCCUGCACCGGGGAUGAUGCAGCCUUUGUCACAAGCUAGCUUCCAGGUUCAUGGACAGUACCAACUCAAUGGGGACAUGGCAAGCUCCCAGCCACCUUCUGUGGCGGACCCGUCAAACUUGCCCCCCACUGGAAGUCCUUUCUGGAACAGGAGUAACCCGGGACCGCAAACUACCAGUUACACUUCCCGCAGUAUGUAUGGUACCUUUCAGAGUCCGUCACAUCAUGGAGUUUCUCCGUCACCGCUUCACCAGCAACAAGUGUCCACUCCGUCGACGCAACAGCACCUCCAUUCCCAGCAUCUCCCGCAUCACUAUGGCGUGAUGCCAAAUGGGAUGCCCUUCUACCAGCAGACACAUACAUCUCUGCAAUCACCUCAGCAUCCAAAGAAAUCGAUGCCUCAAGGUCAGACGAUGCUCCCGACAGCCCAGAAUUUUACACCGCCACGUGACACAGACGAGGCACCCUCGGGUUUGAGGAUGUCAUCAUCGCCUGUGCAGGACAGCGGCGCUAACAAGACCCCCCAUGCUAGCACCGUGUCUUCUUCCAUGCAAGGGCAUUUGAGAGAGGAGAGCAAGGAGGCGUCCCAUAGUCGCUCAGAGGAGACACCGGUUGUUCAAAGGGCACCUGGCUCUUCCACGGCUUACAUCAGGCACACAAGUGAUCAUCAUCAGAGUUCUGAAAAGCCCACGACCCAGCAGCCAGAAGGUGUUAUCAAGCCUUCAUUGAGCGCACUUCCUCAGACAUUGCACCCACCGUCUUUAUCUUCCUCCACGGCGUCUCCGAAUAAGGUACCUUCUCUGGUGUCCGGCAUUCUAGCUGUUGACUCUCCAAUGGAUUCUGCUGCGGUUACUAUUACUUCUUACCCUGAUGUUAGAUCUAGUUCACCCCAAUCAUCAUCAGCUACUGCUCCCAUGCAUUCCUCUCUUUUGCAAAUGGGGAAAGACCUCAAGUCUACUGCUCCUGCAGCAACAGAGUUGAUGCUUCCUGGAUCUAAACAUCCAUUUGUGGGAUCAUCCUCCUUGCCAGCCCCUCACCCACUCUUGUCUGAAAGUGAUUCUUCGUCUACAUCACCCGAGUCACAGGUUUCUGGGCCACUUACAGCUAUCUUAGCGCCUGCUAUUGUCUCCACCUCUUCUUACUCCGGGGCUACACCUAUCUUAUCCCUUCAACAAAUGGUCCAAAGCUCCACACUUCCCCUCAUGCCUGCUCUAAAAUCCAACUCAUCAGUUUGUGAUGCAUCAGGUGGUGUUCUUUCUUCAAUAACAUCUCCUGGCGUGUUGUUUUCUGCUGGUAAUAAACCUGCAUCCAUGGCCCAAACGGACUCCUUGUACACUGCUCUAGCAGCUGGUGACGUUCGACCCAUUGUGUCUGCAGCAUCAUCCCCACCAGAGGGGCAGUGCUUGCCCUCCUUAUCUGCCCAUGACAGCCCCUCAGCCAGACCUCUCUCUGCCCUACCUCUACUAACCACUCAAGCCUCCAGUACUGCACCUGUUUCUGUCCCUCCUGCCUUGGUGUCUCUGCCUCCUGCAGCAUCUUCUGAAGCGGUCCACAAUACUGACUCCGCGGAGCAUCCUGCAAGUUGCAUUCCUGUCAGUGUGCUUAGUCAGUUGCCAGAGCACGUUUGUCAGAAUAACACAAGGAACGCCUUUGCACGUGAAAAAGGCACAAAGGCAGAAGAGUGCCUCCCUCAGGUUGAGGCACACAAAGAUACCGAUCCUCAGAAAUCAUCUGAUCUUCCAGACCAAUCUUUCCAUUCUGAACGACAGUCCAGCAAAAUGCAGAAGGAGCCAAUGUCAACUGGCCGUGUUGGGGACCAACUAAAGGCAGCGCAAACUCAUUGCCCAAGUGCCGAACGCCUGACUGUUGAAACAAGUUUUGACCACUCUUCACAUACUUCCUCCCAAUAUGGCAGCAAUUCAGCCAGCAGCCAGUCGUCAAGAUUCCAUAUUAGUUCUUUCUUAGAUAUGUCUGGUAGCAGCUUGCACAUACAUGACUCAAGCAGCUUUGGCAACAGCGGUUACCUGGGCAACGACACUUCUCAGUUUGCCAGUACCUCACAAACCGACGAAGAACCGUCUUCUGUAUACGACACAACUAGAAACGGCAGCUCCUUCCUGGAUUACACCAGAGAUGACACACUGGACUCCACUCGUGAGCAGGAGCUAUCUGGGGCACUGGUGUCUUCUCAAAACAGUACUGCGUUUGGGGCAUCUCAACUAUUUCAGGAAGGUCAAGAUACGCCAGACUCCAGAGCAAUUCGCAGAACAACCACGGCAAUCGAGAACAUGACUCCACCGAGUUUCAAGAUGAAAGAUGAGAACUUCAUUGCCUUUAGUACUCCAGCACAGAGCCCUGCUGUACACCCGCUCCAGCCAGUCACUGAUCAGGUUUUGUCAGCAACUGGAGGAUUUCUGAAAAGCCCAGAAACACCUACUAAACUUGAUUCUCCAAAGGCAUUAUGGAUGAGAAAAUCAGCUCCUCAAGAGGCCAAGAGAAAGCCACGUGGUCGAACCCCAAAAGCGGAGAUGAUGAAGGCUGAAGAGGAGGAUGACAAAGUUGUGGAAGCCAAGGGAAGGAGAAGGAGGAGGGUGUCCCUCAAAAGUCCAGACAAAUGUGAACAGAUUGGGCCUCUGUCUGAGGAGAUGGAUUCCGUCACAGCCACAAUCGAAGCGGUUCUCGCUAACCCGGCCGCCAUCAGCUCACCUUUUGACAAACCCAAGGUUAAAAGGGCCAGAAAACGGGACCAAGAUGGAAAGGAUACGAAACCACCAAAACAAGAUGCUGAAAUAGCUGCCAGUGAUGCUGACGACAAUGAAGAACAAAGUUUCACUGCGGGUGAACCUAACAGGAGGAGGGUGGCAACUGAGCAGCAAGUCAAGUUUCCUCUGAUGCAUGGAUGGAAGAGAGAGAUUCGUGUGAGGAAACUAGAUGACCGCAUGAAGGGUGAAACCUGGUAUUACGCACCCUGCGGAAGGAGAAUGAAGCAGUUCCCAGAAAUUAUUAAGUACUUGAAGAAACACCAUGACAGUAUUGUCACUAGAGAACACUUCAGCUUCAGCCCUCGCAUGCCUGUUGGAGACUUUUAUGAAGAAAGAGAAAGCCCUGAGGGUAUGAAGUGGUUUCUCUUGGCUAAUGAGGAGAUUCCCUCUAUGAUCAUGGCCAUCACUGGCAAGAGAGGUCGACCGCCAAACCCUGACAAAGAGAAACUGAGCAGGAUAUGUAGCCUGAAGAUAGGGCAGGUACGCCGCCCGGGUAGACCCCCCAAAGCCAAGAUGAUUGACUUCCUGAGUAAAGUUGAUGCCAAGCUGUUGAAGAGACUUGAGUCUAAGGAAGGCCUCACAGAGGAAGACAAAGAGAAAAUGUCAAAAAUCAAGAAGAAGAUGAAGAAGAAGGCCAGAAUGAAGAGAAUGGAGGAUGCAAAAAUGAAGAGGAUAAGAGAAGAAAAAAAGAGAGCCAAGCAAGAGACCCAGAAUUUAGAGGUGAAAGCCGAGCCACAAGACCUGACAGCCUCACCGCUCACAGAGGAUGCAAAACAGCCUGUUGCUGAGCCCAAGAAGCCAGGCCGACGAAGGUCAGUCAAGGUGGAGGCAACUCCUGUAAUCCAGCAGACAGAUGAGGAGAGGAUAGCUCAGGGCCAGAGAGUGUUGAGUGCUCGUGGUAAAGCCAAGGCUCUCGCCAAGGCCCAGGCUGAGGCAGAGGCAGCAGCUCGUGCCACCCUGGCAGCUAAGAGAACCGCAGAGCGAAGAGUGCAGACCCAGAGGCGACUAGAGGAACGCAAGAGACAGCAGCUGAUAGCAGAAGAGUUGAGAAAACCCACCGAAGACAUGUGUCUUACUGACCACAAACCCCUGCCAGAUCUGUCCCGUGUGCCUGGUAUGGUUCUCUCUGGCACAGCUUUUUCUCACUGCCUAGCUGUGGUCGAGUUUCUUCAUGGUUAUGGGAAACUGGUGGGUCUCAAUGUACCCAAAGACAUCCCCAGUCUUGCCACCCUGCAGGAAGGUCUGCUUGGCAUAGGAGAAAGCCAGGGGGAGGUUCAAGACCUGCUCAUAAAGCUAAUUGAGGUUGCACUCCGUGAUCCAGGCCUGCCAUCCUAUUAUCAGUCAGUAAAGAUUCUUGGUGAUAAACUGACUGAUCUGCAGCUGACGCGCAGCACAGUUUCUGAGGUUCUCCGCAUCUUUUUGGAAUCUCAUGGUUAUGAGACGGAGGUGUGCAACACACUGCGGACCAAAACCUUUCACUCCUUGUCACCAGAAACCAAGGCAGCUAUGUUGGGUUUUGUGGUGGAGGAGCUGAACGGAAGCAGUGUUGUGACAAGUGACAUUGACAACACGCUGGAAAACAUGUCAAGCUACAGGAAGAACAAGUGGAUCAUUGAGGGCAAAUUGCGCAAACUUAAGACUGCACUGGCGCGUCGCACAGGACGCUCAGAAGAAGAACUUUGUUUAGAGGAAAGACGACGUAGUGCUCGGGUAGCUGAGGAGGACAAUCUGGAGCCGAGUGUUGUUUCAGAGAGAAGCAGUCGCCGUGGUCGCAAAGAAGACGCCAAACUCAGUGAUAGUGAAAGUCCUACCAAUGCCAGCAUUCCUGAGCUUGAAAGGCAGAUAGACAAGCUAACUAAGCGGCAAGCGUUCUUCCGGAAAAAGCUGCUUCAGUCCUCUCAUUCCAUGCGGUCUGUAAUGUUGGGCCAGGACCGGUACAGACGAAGGUACUUGGCUCUCCCUCAUCUCGGAGGAGUUUUAGUUGAGGGUCCAGAAGAGCUUUUAACUUCAGGAGAUGUGGUCAUAGCAGAGGUGCCUGUUACUUUCCUCAAAAAGGAGGCUGAAACAGAAGAGACGCCUUUCAAAGCAGAAGACACUCCAAUGGAAACUACUCCCCCUCAGACUCUGCCUUCUUCGCCUUUCUCUGCUACCCCUCAAGCGCAGACAUUGUCCCCAGAGGAAGACCCCCUCCCUGGCACUGCAUCCCUCAUGAGCAGCCAAAAAGGACGAGGGCGGCCGCGAAAAAUCAAACCUGAGGUGGAGCUCCACCUCCGCACUGCAAAGAUUCGCCGCCAACGUCGAAGUAGCGUCAGGUCAGCGGGGGAAGAUGGUCUAGGCUCUCCGGUUGGGGCCUGUACUCAAGAUCUCUCGCAGACAGCUUUCCUGAACUGGCUCAGCCAAUCAAGACAUGCAGUACCCAGUGACACUUGCUCAGAAGAACCUCUAGAGGGCGGUCAAACAGAAGAGACUAUAAAGGAUGCUGCAGAGAAGCAAGACCAGUGGUUUACUCCACUCCCCAAAACACAAAGUGAUGACAACUGUCUGAGUGAGCCCCACAUGCCCUCCUCGCCCCAUAGAUCCCCCUCGCAGGAUCUUGCUGCCCCAUUCGUACAGUUGGACCCGCCCUUGACUUCUGUUGGUGAAGUUUCUGCUGACACCCAGAAGGACAUGGAUACAGAAGAAGUACCCUCAACAACACAAACACCAACUGUUGCUGAGUGUAAGCCCGCUUUCCUUCAUGCUGCCAAACGGGCUCCCACCACCCCAUCCAGACCAGGUCGCAGGCGGAGAAGAGGCAGCAGAGGCAGUAGCCCCGCCCGCAGGGGGCCACGUGGAGCCUCAGCCAAGCGCAGAGGUCCCCCUCCCGCAUCGCUUCUCCAAGACCUCGAGCAGCAGUACUUUACACAGCUGGUGGUUAAGCCCAUCCCAGCAUCAAUGGUGCGCGGCUGGUGGUGGAUCAAGGAUCCAGAGGAGCUGUUUAGCACUCUGCAAGCUCUCCAUCCACGAGGUGUAAGAGAAAAAAUACUCCAUAAACACCUGGCCAAAAAUAUGGAGAGCCUAAAGGAGAUGUGUACCAAGCCUAUCAACGAUCCCAUGUUUGAGCUGAAGGAGGAGAAGAAGGAGGCGCUGUUAGAGGCUCUGCAGCAACCUUGGCAAGUGCAGGAAAAGGCAAUGGAGGUAGACCUCAGCGCCCUCCAGUGGGUGGAGAACCUAGAGCAGCGAGUCAUGGCUUCUGACCUUCACCUGAAGGCUCCCCCUCAGAGUGUAGUCAAUGAAGCUGAGUCAAGCAGUGAGGUACCAGCAAUAGACUUUCAGCCGUACACAAUCCCAGAGCCAGACUCCACCCGCGAGGACCUCCAGUACUACGAACAUGACGCCGACCCCCGUGAUGACUGGACAGUACGCACCAAGAAGGAGUGGUCUGGCCUGCCUCGCAUCGCCACCCACCCGCUCGACUUGGCCAUGCUGCGCCUCGCCAACCUUGAGCGGAACAUCGAGAGGCGCUACCUGAAGGAGCCACUCUGGAACCCGGCUGAGGUGAUGCGGCUCGCUCCUCUCACGCCAACCCCUGGAGAAGAACAACCCAUGGAUGUCAUCAGCUUGGAAAGUGAGAUCACAUCCAGGCUCAGAACAUGGCGGCAGGCUCUGGAUCGCUGCCGCAGUGCCCCUCAGCUGUGUCUCUGUCUGAUGCAGCUGGAGAAAGCAAUUGCUUGGGAAAGAUCUGUGACUAAAGUGGCGUGCCAGGUGUGCAGGAAAGGCGACAACGACGAUUGUCUGCUGCUCUGUGAUGGCUGCGAUCGAGGCUGUCACAUGUACUGCCUGAAGCCCAAGAUCACCCAGGUGCCUGAAGGGGACUGGUUUUGUCCAACAUGCACUGCCAAGGAUGAGAGCAAGUCACCGCACCCUAAAAAGAGGACCAGGGUGAAGAAGAAGAGAUAUGAAGAAAACAGCUCGGAUGAUGACACAACAAGACGAAGGAGCUCUGGCAUGGCAACGCGGCACAAGGAGGUGGUGGUGGCGACGACGACUGCGACUUCUUCGUCCUCUCGUAGCCCAGCAGAAGGAGCGGCCGCCAAGCGACGUCGGAUGACCACCCGUAACCAGCCAGACCUCACAUUCUGCGAGAUCAUCUUAAUGGAGAUGGAGGCUCAUGCAGACGCAUGGCCGUUCCUGGAGCCUGUUAACCCACGUCUGGUGCCAGGUUACCGCCGAAUUGUCAAGAACCCAAUGGACUUCCUGACCAUGAGAGAAAGGCUGCUGCAGGGAGGGUACUGCAGCUGUGAGGAGUUUGCUGCAGAUGCUCAGCUGGUCUUUAACAACUGUGUGCUGUUCAAUGAGGACACCUCUGAGGUGGGGAUGGCGGGACACUCAAUGAGGCGCUUCUUCGAGAGCCGCUGGGCUGAGUUUUACUCGAACAAAGACAAAUAGAACACAUGACUAUCGGUGCUGUAAGCAACCCUUCGUUACUGCAAAGACGGUAUCCUCGCCUGUAAAAGUAUGUUUGUACAGACUUAAUAUUUGUCCCUCGUUCUUCAGGCCUGCAACUGAACUCACUUGAACUUGUCAUUCUUCAUCUCCUGUUUGUGCCACACCUGUUUCACAAGUUGUAUCGUAGCGAGGCAUUGGGUCAAGCCCAUCUCUGGGGGUGGGGGGCGAUGAUUCGUUCUCAGGCCCGGAGGAUUUUAAGUCUCAAAUUUUUUCAUUGCCUUUUUUUUUUUAUUUCUUAUUGUCAUUUUUUUUGCAGUCGAGCGACUAACUUUGGACCUGCUUAGCGAUCCACAACAAACACAAUAGAUCAUUGACCAUUUCUCACCUAUUCAAUAGAAAUGUCAUGUAAUGCGGUGUUAUAUACCUAGAAGUUUUGUUGCGCUAUAUAUUUUCAUUAUAUAUUCUAUAUAAAUAUAUAUAUAUAUAAAGAUGACAAUAGCUGGGAUUAUUUAAUAGCAAUAGCUCGUAGUGACUGUACAGAUGACCUCAUAGACUGGUCGAGCAGAUUUCUGAAAAAGGCCAGAUCAACUAAAAGAAAUAGCUUUUUGGGUAGACUUUGUAUAACCUCCAUUCAGUCUUGCACACGCAUGCACACACACACACACACACACACACACACACACACACACACACACACACACACACACACACACACACACACAUUUCUACUGCUGUUGCUGUGUGGAACACUGGAGGAUACUUGAUGUCAGUCAGUCCAUGUGUAUUUCACUGCACAGUGAAGAGGCAGCAGUCAGUAGUAUACAGAUUGUAUAGAACUGUGUUACUUGCACCGGUUGGUCUAUCUAUUGUAGAGAUGACGCUGAAUGCUUGCUCAUAUGUUGUGACACUGUGUGUAAAAUAAUCAAACAUUGUGUGCUGUACAGGAAUUGCAAAUGAGUUCAAAGCACUGGCUGCAUUUGCACCUGGUUACAUUCCUUUUUUGUUUGUUUUUAAUCUCACUUGUGGGCCAGUAGUGUAUGAUGAAGCGGCUUGUUGGGCGUGCGUGACAAACAGGACCGCACCACAGUCCAGCUUUUAUUUAAACAUAUUUCUUACACUGACCUCAGAUCAGUUGGUUAGAACAUAUACAGUACAUUGUUCCUUAUUACACGUUAAAAAUGUUUUUCAAAAAGGAAGAAAAAAAAAAGACCAGAAAACCAAA